AUGGUAAAGAAUAGUUGCAAGUCAAGUUUACACUACCCUUCAACUGUUAGCUUAAGCUCUUCCUUUCAUCGUAAGCGGAAAGAAAUCAAUGACAUGUUGUGGAAAAGGAAUCAAUUGCUCAAGUUUGGUGUGUGGAAUGUUCGAACAUUAAAGGAUAGGAUAUUGCGUGCUGACUUUCUCACUGACAAAGGAAUUUUGAAUGUCAUUGUUGGUUACGCUCCAACAGAACAAUGCGAAGAGACAGGUUCGCUUGUUGUUGUGCUGGGUGACUUUAAUGCUAGACUUGGAAAGGCAGUGUCAAAAAUUGUUGGUCAGUUUGGUGUAUCACAGUCAACCAGUGACAAUGAUGAGCAUGAUCAGAAACUACUUUGUACGGAUGAUCAGUUAGAUCAUUGGAAGAGACACUUUGACUUGGUAUUAAAUGUCAGACGUCCUAUUGCAAUAGACUCUGGAACGGUUGUACGCUCUGUUGGGUCUGGUGCUCCACUCAGUGAAGAAGAAAUCAUCAAUGCUAUUAAAAAGAAGAGUGCCACAGGAUUGGAAAGAUUCAGUUCUUGUUCCUGUUUUCAAGAAAAAAAUGACAGACUAAUAUGCGACAACUAUCGUGGUAUUUCAUUAGUCAGUGUACCUGGAAAGGUAUUAGCAAAUAUUCUUCUGGAACUACUUAAACAGUCAGUUGAGCCUCUACUACUAGAAGUCCAAUGUGGUUUUCUUUUGGGUAGAGGAACAAUUGAUCAAAUAUGGUUGGUUCGUCAGUUAAUUGAAAAGUCCAUUGAACAUAAGUGUGCUGUCCAUAUUUGUUUUGUUGAUCUGGAAAAAGCUUUUGACUUCGUACCUAGAGAUGUUCUCAGACUACUUUUGAAAGAGAGAAGCAUUGAGGAACAAGUUGUACAAUUGAUUGUUGACAUUCACGAUGGAACACAUUGUGUUGUCAAAUCUAGUGGUGAGAAGUCAUCAAAAUUUGAAGUUACAACUGGUGUACGUCAGGGUUGUGUUAUGUCUUCUGUAUUAUUUAAUCUCGUCAUGGACAAGAUUGUACGCGAAGCACUAAACAAAGCUAAAGUUGGCGGAGUAGAAAUUGAAUACAGGAAAGAGGGAAAUCUCUACAUGAACUACAGAGUCAAAGCUCAAGGAACUAGUGUCAUUAAAGCUGCUAUGUUUGCUGAUGAUUUAGCUUUAAUUGGGAAGACCUCGGGUGAACUACAAAGUUAGUAGACAGUCUACAUGAGUCCUGCUGUACAUAGGGAAUGAAAAUCAGCAUCAAGAAAGCAAAAGUUUUGUGCAUUGG